AUGAGGUCGGCGCGGGGGCGAUGCAGUGAGAGCACGAGAACACCUCCAACUUCUGCUCAUGCUACUCAUGCUGCUCCUGCUACUACCUAUCUUCUUGCCUGCUUCUUGCUGUCUUUCACUGCCUCCAAGAGUGAAGAAUCCUUGCAUGGGAUCUCUUUGACCGGCACGAGCGGCAGGGCAAGCCGCGGUCAAGCGAUCCUCCUCCCUCCCCGUCGCCUUCUCCUCCAUGGCGGGAGAGACGAUGAUUCGGAGCCUCCUGGAGAGUUGCUGGAGUCGUUGAAGCGAGAAAACUCACACCUGAGGGGCGACGAAUGGUUCUUUGUUGAGAAGAAGGAAGGCAGGUACCAGGCGAACGGCCCUUGCGAUGGCGACUGGAUCAUCGGGCAGAUGGAAUUCAAUAUCAUCAGUCCUGAAACAUUCAUGUGGCGACCUGGCAUGACGAGCUUUGAAAGGGCCAGCGCUCUCUCUCGGUUUCUACCCACCGAGGAUGUGCAAACUGCAUCGUCAUGCUCUGACCGCGGGUCCUCGGCGAUCUCCAGGGCCUUGCCGGAUGAAGCUGUCGUGAGUGAUGAGGAGACGAAGGAGGUUGAAGCCCAGCAGGAGCUAAGAGGGUCGAAGAGGAGGAAGUGGAAGACGAGGAGGGUGUACGUUGAGAAGCAGCCGCCGAGAGGAGAGGAGGAGGGACUGGAGCAGGACUCCAACUACAUCCUGUUCGAGGACGAAGAGCCAUCCCUCUGCAGGCACGAGGAGGAGGAGGAGCUGGGAAUCGGACAACAAGUUUACCAGGAAGAGAAGAGAAUGGAGAUGCUGGACGAGGAGAGGAGCGAGAACGGGGGCAUGAUAGAGGAGGAGAGGAGCGUGAACGGGGCCAUGAUGGAGGAGGGGAGGGGCGAGGGGGAGAUGAAGAAGAAGCAGAAUUUCCCGCCGCUCUUUCCCAACAUGAGCUUGUACAAGAACUUGAUACGCAUACCUCAGCCCUAUGAAUCCUUCCCGACGGACCACAAGGAGCUGCGCGAGAUAGGGGUGAUCUACCUCCUGAGAUAG